AUGGGGAGUAAAUCACCUGAGACGGAACAUCCUGUUAAGGCCUUGGGCUACGCCGCUAGAGACACUUCUGGCGUACUCUCCCCCAUUAACUUCUCCCGAAGGGAAACAGGGGAUGAAGACGUGAGGUUCAAAGUGUUGUACUGUGGAGUCUGUCACUCUGAUCUUCACUCUGUUAAGAAUGAAUGGCACAACGCCAAGUAUCCCAUGAUCCCUGGCCAUGAGAUUGUGGGUGUGGUGACUGAAGUGGGAAGCAAGGUCAAAAAAGUCAAAGUAGGAGACAAAGUGGGGGUGGGUUGUAUGGUCGGGUGUUGCCAUUCAUGCGAUCAAUGUGGUGCAGAUCAAGAGCAAUACUGCCCAAAAAUGGUACAAACAUACAAUGACUCUUCUAUGGUAACCUACGGUGGUUACUCUGACCACAUGGUAGCCAACGAACACUUCAUCGUCACAUGGCCCAAAGACUACCCACUUGAUGGUGGUGCGCCGCUUCUAUGCGCUGGAAUCACUGUUUACAGCCCGAUUCGAUACUAUGGGCUCGAUAAACCUGGGAUGCAUGUUGGUGUGGUUGGGCUUGGUGGGUUGGGUCAUGUAGCUGUUAAGUUUCUUAAAGCUCUUGGUGUUAAGGUUACUGUGAUCAGCACAAGUCCCAAGAAAAAAGAAGAAGCGAUUAACACUUUUGGCGCUGAUUCUUUCUUGGUGAGCCGGGAUCAAGCCGAGAUGCAGAGUGGUGUGGGUUCUUUGGAUGGAAUUAUUGACACUGUUUCUGCUGAUCAUCCUCUUGUGCCUUUGAUUGCUCUGUUAAAGCCUAACGGUAAACUGGUUUUGGUUGGUGGUCCAACCAAGCCGUAUGAGCUACCUGCUUUCCCUUUGCUUUUUGGUAGGAAGAUGGUGGGAGGAAGUUUGAUAGGAGGGAUAAAGGAGACACAGGAGAUGAUUGAAUUUGCAGCUAAACAUAAUAUAACGGCAGCGAUUGAACUCAUUCCCAUUGAAUAUAUCAACACUGCAAUGGAGCGUCUUGCAAAAGCUGAUGGAAAAGAACUGAGUUGUAUAAUCUUUUUCUCUGCUUCGAAAAUUAACCUUGAGGUUUCAAAAUCAGAAGGUACAUACAAAGUAGUUUCAAAAAUCGGAAGGCACGAAGAAAUCAGCUUCAAAAAUAGGAGGAACAAGAAAAUCAAGUUCUAAUUUCUGAACGUACAAACAAACCAAUUUAUGUUUUUCCUUCUAGAUGCAUUGAGCAACAAUCUAUGGAUUGUCAAUCCUUCUUUGAGGUUUAAAAGUUUCUGAUUUCAUAUUUUUUUUGAAGUUUCAUAAAAUCAGAAGGUACCUUUUUUAUUUAUGUUUUUUUUAUAUAGAAGCGA